AUGGAAAAUAAAGAUGAAAAUUCCACGAAACCUGAUGCGCCAUUCCAAGAACAAAGUGAAACACAAAGUGAAACAGAAAGGACCACACUCAGUUCAGUGCCAUCGCAGGAAGCAACAUCCAGCGCGCCCAAACCCAAAGAAGAUUCUGAUCGUUCCCUCUCAGAGGAAAAUUUAGAAUUAGAUGCCGACGUGUUGGAAGAUAUAUUAUUCUUUAUUGGCGAAAUGGGACUCUACCAAAAGCUGAUGUUUCUAGGAAUGUUGCCUUUUACAACGUUCUAUGUGUGGGUUUACCUGGUGCAAAUAUUUAUAACUGUUGCGCCCGAGAGAUAUUGGUGUAAAAUCUCUAUAUUGGAGGCAUUGCCUAUGGAACUGAGGCGUAAUUUGUCUGCACCGGGAGCUGCAACAGGUACGUGGGACCAAUGUAACACUUUCGACGCAGACUGGGAUCAAGUCUUAAACAGUUUGUCUCCACCACCAGCUGGAACACGUCAGAUCCCAUGCCCAAAUGGAUGGGAGUUUGAAUUUACAGAUAUACCGUAUGCAAGCGUAGUUGUUGAGAGAGGCUGGGUGUGUAGUCAAGCAGCUUAUGCGCCGACCGCUCAAUCUUUAUUCUUCGUUGGAGCAUUGAUGGGCGGUCUACUCUUUGGGUGGAUCGCUGAUAACUUUGGCCGAGUUCCUGCAUUGGUUGGAGCAAACUUGAUCGGCGGUAUCGGCGGAAUAUCAACGACCUUCACAAGUGGCUUGUGGGAUUUCAUCUUCUGUCGAUUUCUUGUCGGCCUAUCAUUUGACAACUGCUUCAUGCUUCCGUAUAUUUUAAUUCUAGAAUACGUCGGGCCAGGUCAUCGCACCUGGGUAGCGAAUAUGCCAGUCGCUAUAUUCGGAGGUGCCGCUGGCGUGUCUCUUCCAUGGAUAGCCUAUUUUAUCUCUGACUGGCGUCUUACACUAUGGGUCACUUCUCUACCUAUGUUUGGGGCCAUUAUUUCGCCAUGGGUCAUGCCAGAGAGCGUUAGGUGGUUGGUAAGCCGCGGCCGCAUCGAUGACGCUGUAAAAGUUAUACGAAAGUUCGAGAGGGUUAAUAAAACCACAGUACCAGAUGAAGUUAUGGAUAAAUUUAUUGCCACAUCCAAGAAGAUAGGGUCGAAGAAAAUGGAGUCAUUUUUUAAUAUUUUCCAAAGUAGGCUGUUGUGCAGAACAAUGAUUUACAUGAUAGUGGUAUAUGGCUCUGAUGCCGCUAUUUACGACACUUUGGUGCGAGUCACUCAAAUGUUUGGGCUCGAUUUCUUCAUCACGUUUACCAUCAAUGUGGGUAUUGAGAUUCCGUCUGUUCUACUACUCACUGCGCUACUGGACAGAGUAGGCCGAAGACUCCUUACUGGUGGCACUCUAUUUAUGGGUGGAAUAACGUUAUUUUUGGCAAUGCUGGUGUCCAAAGGAUUGCCGCGAGUAUCUCUAGGAGUAUUAGCAAGAUUUUUAAUAAACAUAGCCUUUACAGUAUUGUGUCAGUGGGGUACAGAGAUAUUGCCUACGCCUUUCCGAGCUUCUGGAUCAGCCUUCCUUCACAUGACUGGUUUCGCCACUAGUCUGUUGUCACCGUUUAUUGUUUUCUCGGAAACAUUGUGGCAGCCGCUACCUCUACUUAUUGCGAGUCUAUGGGCGUUAAUUACCGGGGUACUUACUUUCCUGCUGCCAGAGACCAAAGGCCAAGAAAUGCCUCAAACUGUGACCGACGCGGAAAAAAUUAUCAUAGACCAAUCACUAUGCACGCAACCUGAAGUGAAGGAAUUUAAACAAUCACUAAGCAAGGUACUGAUCACAACAGUAGGUGAAACUAUACAACGUGAUCCAUCCGGACGGCGAUGCAAGUUGAAAGUUACAACUUCUGAAAUCGUGGUGUAG